CCACUUUCAUUCUCUGUAAACACACAAGUACUCAACUCACUACUCCCUCGGUCUCAAUCACUCUCUUCUCAGACUCUGAAAUUCCCAAAACCCUUUUGGCGAGUGGAGCUCACGAAUCGCCUUGAAUUCGAGGUCCAUUGUGUCUCUGUAUCUGUUAAAGACUGCUGAAGAAGAGAUUGACAUUGCAUUGUGAUGGUGGAUGCGUGGUGGUCCCUGUUAGCGGCUAUCCCUGCAGUGGUUGCAGGACAAGCAUAUCGGGUCAAGAAAAGGCGCACUGAAGAACAGAGAUUAAAGAGUGCUAGGGGAAGGGAGAAGAGUUCUGAUGAGAUUUUUGUCUGUGAGAGGGUAUGCACAUCAAAGAGAAUGCUCAAAAAGGUAGGUGCAUUCUCAAAGGACCCUAUUCCUGAUACGUGUGUUACUGUUUGUGGUGUCUCUGAGCUUGAUGCAUGCGCUGAUGCAUGUGCACGCACUGUUUGCGUGAACCAACACCAAGUGCCCAAUUGGAAUGACAUCUGCCUUCGGAGAUGCCAGAGUGAAUGUCUAAAACUCUCGACCUCCAGUUCUUCGUAGGACAUCCUAUUUUGAUUUGAAGGAGAGGUGUGUAUAACAUGUUGAAUUAUCAUAGUGUCAGCUAAUCCCAUUUCGGAUAUGUAAGAUCUGAUUGGUUAUCAAUAUUAAACUUCCGAGCGUGAACUAGAUAUUUGAUCCUGGAAUUUACUUUAAGGCUUCUUUGUUGC